CACCUUUGUUGACUGCUACUUUUGCAGAAUUACCAGUUCCUGUAAUAUACAAAACAAAUUGGAGAGAAAUUGAGAGUUCUUUGAGUAAGGCUUGUAAAAAAUUUCAUGAAAAUAAACCAAACUUCAUAUUAGCACAUGGUGAUAAAGAUGCUUUCAAGGACUUUGUCAUUAAUGGAAGUAUAAAGAAAUUUGAAUUCGAAGAAUUAAUAAAAGUUUUUUGUCUGAACAUUAAAGGCAAGUUAUAG